GACUUCAUGAACGCUACUAGAGUCAUAAAAUUUACAAAUACCUGGGGAUAUUUUAUAAAUGGCUCAUGGAAUGGUAUUGUUGGACAUUUUGUACAAGGGGAAGCAGAUGUUGGAGGAACGGUAAUGUUUAUAAACGAAGCUCGUCUCGGCGUUGUCCAGUUUCUGUGUCAGCCUACAACUCUCAACGUAGACUUCGUUUUCCGGGAGCCUCCGUUGUCGUACAAUAGCAACCUGUUCCUGUUGCCCUUUAGUAGUGUCGUCUGGAUGUGUAUCGGUGCUCUUGUUAUGAUAUUGACGGUGAUCACUUACGUCAAUGCUUAUUGGGAAGCGAUUAAAAUUAAGAAGCACAUUAUGAAGUCUUCAAAUCAUACAACACUGAAACCAAAUAUUAGUGACAUAGUUGUUCUCUUGAUAAGUGCCAUGUGUCAACAGGGAAGUACUAUAGAAUUGAAAGGUGGAGUAGGUCGACUGAUAAUGUUCCUGAUAUUCCUCUCGUUCCUAUUUCUGUAUACCUCUUAUUCUGCAAGCAUAGUCGCCCUUCUGCAAUCCAGCUCAAACAGCAUUCACUCAUUAGCUGAUCUUUACAACUCCAAAAUGGAACUUGGCGUGGAAAACUUACCCUACAAUAUAUAUUACUUCACGUCAGCAAAGGACCCUCUAAGAAAAGCAAUUUACGAGAACCGAGUGGCACCAAAAGGACGCAAGCCAAAUUAUUUAACUUUAGAAGAAGGUGUUAAGAAGCUACAGGCUAAACCAUUUGCAUUCAACAUGAACGUCGGAGUUGGAUACAGACUGGUGAACAAAUAUUUCUUAGAGCAUGAGAAAUGCGGCUUACAACAAAUCAAUUUUAUCGAUAACAGUCAACCAUUCGUUGCUUGCCCCAAGUAUUCUCCAUAUGUAGAAAUUUUUAAAGUUGGGUUACAAAGAAGUGUUGAACACGGUUUAAUCGAUCGUAUUAAUCGUAUAAUCUUCUCGAAGAAGCCACAAUGUACGAACCGAGGUGGCCAGUUCAUAUCAGUCAACAUAUUGGACUUCUACCCUAUACUUUUAAUGCUACUUUACGGCAUGGUGCUUUCAAUCGUAAUUUUAUUGAUUGAAGUGGUAGUCCAUCAUAAAUAUACACAAAUAUGUUAUAAAAAAGCCCGCUUUAUUUCUGACCUAAACUCCAUGGAACCGCCAAGGAUGGUUCGUUUUAUGAAGACUGAUCUACCUUCAGAUGACUAUACUCGCCGAGAGCACUUGAUGUUGGUUGCUGAUGUGAAUUGCCCGAAUAUCAAAACCUUUUUCAAGCAGGCUGGCGCUACGAAAAAACUAGCUUUUCCAUAUCGCUGGAUCAUAGUUGGAGGGACUUCAAAUGACAGUAUAGUACCAUCUUCAGUUUACAGUCUAAAUCUUUUGUCCGAUUCAGAAGUUAUUGUAUCCCAUAGAAAUGAUGACUAUUCCUUUACACUAUACAUGAUUUAUAAAAUGAGGAUCAAUAGUAAUUGGGUCUAUGAAGAUUGUGGAAUUUGGACGAAUGUAAAUGGUUUUAAAAAAUCGAAAAUAUUGGAACAUUCUAUACCAACGAGAAGGAAAAACUUCGAAGGAAAUACUAUUGUCACUGCUAUGGUGAUACUAAAUAAUAAAACAAUGUCUGAUCCCUACGAUCUUCGUGAUAUACUAACAGACACUGUGUCCAAGAGUGGCUUUCGGCAGACUGAUGCGUUAUUUUUUUAUCUGAACGCCACCCGGCAACUCGUUUUCAGCGAGACCUGGGGUUAUUACAGGAAUGGCAGCUACGAGGGAAUGGUCGCUGAAAUGACCCAAGGAAAUGCUGAAUUAUCAUGUACAGUCCUUAUCACAACGGCGGAUCGCAUAGAAGUAGUAGACUACUUAUCAUCCCCGACGCCAAUCUCGAUCAAAUUCGUGUUUCGGCAACCCCCGCUCUCCUACCAAAAUAACCUGUUCCUGCUGCCUUUCAAGACCAGGGUGUGGUAUUGCAUCGGAGCUUUUAUACUAAUGCUGAUUUUCAUCAUAUAUGUAAAUGCCUCUUGGGAAAAGAAGAAACUGGAGCAAUGCAAAUCGGAAGCCGUUGAUCAUACAAUGUUAACACCAAAUGUAAAUGAUACUACAAUGCUUGUAAUAGCUGCCAUCACUCAGCAAGGAAGUUCUAUUGAGCUAAAAGGAACCCUAGGUCGUCUCGUCAUGUUUUUACUAUUUCUCGCUUUUCUGCUUCUUUAUUCGUCGUAUUCGGCCAGUAUUGUCGCUCUUCUACAGUCUAGAUCUAACCAGAUUCGGACUUUGACGGAUCUCCUCAACUCCAAGUUAGAAUUGGGCGUAGAAGAUACACCUUACAACAGAUAUUUUUUUCCGAUAGCUACAGAACCAGUAAGAAAAGCAAUAUACCAAACUAAGAUUGCUCCCCGUGGUACAAAACCAAAAUUCAUGAGUCUGGAAGAAGGUGUGAAAAAGUUGCAGAAGGAACCAUUUGCAUUUAAUAUGAACAAAGGAAUAGGAUACCGUCUUGUGGACAGGUAUUUUCAUGAGCACGAGAAAUGUGGUCUACAAGAAAUAGGCUAUUUGUAUGACACCAAAACCUAUAUAACUUGCCGGAAAAAUUCUCCUUACCGUGAAACGUUCAAAAUUGGCCUAUUUAGAAUUCAAGAGCAUGGGCUAAGCGAUCGGGAGAACCGUUUGAUCUACGCCAGGAAGCCGGCUUGCAUAGCUCGCGGAGGUAGCUUCGGUUCCGUCAACAUGGUGGACUUUCACCCUGUAGUGUUGAUGUUGUUGUACGGCAUGGCACUCGCCUUCACCCUGUUGUUGUUGGAAAUACUAGUACAUAAAAAACAACAACAGUAUUGGAAUCGGACACAAUUACAUUCAUGA